UACUGUAGGUGUAUAGUGUAUGCAGUACCCUAUUUGAAUGUUUCGAACUUUCAAGGAAUCAAGUUUCAACUUUUUCUGUUUUCAUUUCGAUUUUGUUAGCAAUGCUGCCUUGUAAUAUUUUCCUGUUAGGAGUCGCUGAUUGUAGGAUAACAUUCUUUUAAUCUUAAGGAGAAACCUUUAAGUCUUUAACCAGCUCAGUAUUCUGCCUUGCUGCCAAUAGUUUUCCACGCCAUCUUAUCCAGGAAUUUUGAUUUUGCUGCGCACUGUCUGACUCCGAGUUCAGCGGUGGUCCUACUUCCGCAGAGUCCAGCACGGAACUUAUUGUUUAUCGCGUUUUAUUAUGGAUAAUUUGCGAAAUGAGCCAGUUUCACCACGCGGGAGCAGAGGAAGCAUACAGCUCAUUUUUGGGCCGAUGUUUUCGGGAAAAACAACUGAACUGCUGCGCCGCAUAAAUCGCUACAAAAUCGCAAAGUAUAAAGUUCUCCUGCUAAAGUAUGCAAAGGACGUGCGUUACGAAGAAAACUGCGUCAGCACACACGACAGACACGCCGUACCCGCUAGAAACGCUGUGAUGUUGAAAGAAUGCACAGAAGAAUGCUACGCGUAUGACGUUAUUGGCAUUGACGAAGGACAGUUUUUUCCUGAUAUUCUGGAAUUUGCGGAGCAUCUGGCUAAUUGUGGAAAGACUAUCAUUGUUGCUGCGUUGGAUGGGACAUUUCAACGCGGGCCUUUUGGAGACAUCGUGCACCUGGUGCCGAAAGCGGAGAACAUCGUCAAGUUGUCAGCGGUAUGCAUCAUCUGCAACUCGGACGCGGCCUUCACCCGGCGCUACAGUGCGGAGACAGCGGUUGGUUCAGCGCAGCACCUAUCAGCCAGUUCGCUUCCUACACCCACACGUCCUGUCUUCCAAUUUCAGGUUGAACUGAUCGGGGGCUCGGACAAGUACAUGGCGGUCUGCCGCGAAUGCUACACAAAAGAUCUGCCGCUGGAAUACAGCAAGUUGACGAAUAGUGAAGUGCGACAGCGUUGUAGCCCGAUGAAAAAAGAAUUUAAUGAAAAUGUACAGCGGGAUCAUGAUCUUCCCGUGCGUAAAUUGUUUUGAACAAAACCACAUGGGGAACUGUCUGCUGUCGUCAUUUCAGUCAUUGUUGUGAAUGUUGUUGUUCGCAUUGUACAUCAUGGUGUAUUUUGAACUGUAUUUAUGUUUGUUAUGAGUACUGAUAAUUUGAUGCAGUACUUCAAACCUUUUUAUGGUGUCCAUCGUCUGCUUGCGCUGUGUGGUGCGAAGUUUUUAAUUUCGUCUUUGUGCUCAAGCUUGUUGCAUUUUGUAUACUUAGCACCUGGUCCACUUAUGCAUCGCACUUGCUUUUGCUGGUUCUGUGCAGUAUAUCACCAUAUUCUUAUGUUUAAUUUAUUUGUACAAAACGCUUCGUGGCAAUGGCUUGUAAUAA